AUCCCGAACUCGAACACACUUACACAGCCAGCAUUAUAUAAAUAACCAUAUAGCUUUGCACUUCUCUCCGUCGCAGUUCGCAACAGAUCAGCACACUUCCACAGCCACACGUAUAAUCUGUAGAUCGAUCACUGUUCCUACUUCGUAGCACCACAAUGGAGUACCAGGGUCAGCACGGCCACGCCACCGACAAGGUGGAGGAGUACGGCCAGCCCGUGGCCGGGCACGGCGGUUUCACCGGCGGGCCCACGGGGACGCACGGAGCUGCCGGCGUCGGCGGCGCGCAGCUCCAGGCGACGAGGGAUGGCCACAAGACUGACGGCGUCCUUCGACGCUCCGGCAGCUCCAGCUCCAGCUCCUCUGAGGACGACGGCGUGGGCGGGAGGAGGAAGAAGGGGAUGAAGGAGAAGAUCAAGGAGAAGCUCCCCGGAGGAGCCCACAAGGACGCCGCAGGGCAGCAGCAGCAGACGGCGAUGGCGGGCGAGUACGCGGGCACACAUGGCACGGAGGCCACCGGCGAGAAGAAGGGCGUCAUGGACAAGAUCAAGGAGAAGCUUCCCGGCGGACAGCACUGAGCCAGCCAUGUGUGUCUUCUCUAUGUUCCGACGAAGCUCGGCUAGCUAGCAUCCGCAGCCAUGCGUUACUACAGAUAAAUAAUGGACUCUCCGAUAUAUGUCGUGUGUACCAGCGCGCCCGCGUGACGCAGUUGUGUAUUCGUAUGGUAUGAUGUGUGUACAUCGUAAUAAAAGUAUAAAACGUUUGUGUA